AGAGAAUGGGGAGCCCCCCUGCCUGCUGUGGGUCACUCGCCCUUGGGGACUCCGACUGGGGGAGGGCAGAUAAAGCUGCCUCAGAUCACUCCCUAAGGGCCAACAGGAACAGCUUCACCUGAGCCAUUCUCGGCAGGCUUCUGAGUCCUGCCUUUAGGAGCCAAGAGUGGCCAUGUCUGGCUGCUCUUGACUGGAAGAUGAAAGGGUCUCGUCCAUUUCCUUGAUUCUAACUGAACCCUAAGUCCUCUAUCACAGCCUCUUCUGGUCAUAAAGGGCACCCCCAUGUCCCUAUCCCAUUCUCUUGCCCAAAACACCCUUCUUCCAAGUUCUGGCCCCUGGCCUCCGAGGGAGGAUUGAGAUUAGGCUAAGCCACAGGUGGCCCUGCCAAGUGCUGAAUGGGAGGGGCCUGGUGAGUUCAAACCUCAGUCUGCCACCCUGGGAGAGGUACUCAGUCAUCUCAGCUGGGACACUUCCCAGAAAAGCUGGAGAAAUUUCCAGGAUGCCAGACCACUGGCCUCCCCCUCACAAGAGCUAACAGGCCUGGUUCCGUGGCCAGAAGCACCCCUCUUCCCUCGAGCUUCUUGUGCACCCUCCGUGGAAGGACUGGCCCUGCAUGGGCACGCCUGCCUUCCUGCUAUCUUUUAAAUCAUAACCAUAAUGAUAACAAAGCAUCCUUUCAAUGCAUGUUGCUGUGGAAAUGGAUAAGGGGAGAAAAAUAUAUACUCUCAUUAUUAUCCUCAUUAUCUUCCUAUCAGAAAAUCCAACCCAUGGAACAUUAUUUUUAAAGUUAUUUAUGGUCUUGGGUUUGGGGAAGGAAGAGAUAGGAGAAGAAAUAGGCUUCAUUUAAAAGCACUUUUUUUAGUUAAAAGUAUUGGGUCUCUCAUUUGGGCCUGGAGGCUCCUCUUGCCCUUUGAAUGUACCAUUUUCCAAAGUAUUUAGUAUAAUUUAUCUGAGGAUUAUACCUUCUGGCACCCUCAUGAGAUCUGGACAAACCGUAAAGUCACACAUAUAGUGAUAUAUAGUAACGAUUAUAUUUGUAGUUUCUGUUUGAAAACUAGCUCUAGAAUGGUCUUUGAUCUGCUGCUAACUAGCUGUUGUUUCCUUAGGUGCCUCCUUUUUCUCUCUAGAACAGGGGACUUUAAGCAUCAUUCCUUAGUGUCCUUGGCUCUAUGGAAGGAGCUCAGGGGCUAGAGGUGGGGGCAAAAGGGAGGUCAAAGUGAUGGGGCCGCAGGCUUCCCACACUGACCCCAUGCACAGCAGCUCUGCUGUUAUCUUUCUGUGUUGUUUUGUUUUGGAGUUCUCUAAACUGACUACCUGGGCAGAUAAGCCUAAGUGGGGGAGUAGGUCAGCAGCAGCAGGUGCUGGGAUGCCAAGAGGGCUUAAGGUCCUAGAGCCUUAGGCAGAAGAAAUAUGACUCCACGACAAAGAUUUAGGAGAAUUAUAAAGAAAAACAUUUUGAUCACAUCUGAGAUUAUGACCACGGUUAGAUUAAACCUUGAUUCAGGAUUGAGUCAGGAAAACGAUUAGAGGUAUACUUAAAUUUUAAAAAGCAUGCUUUUUAUGUAUCACUGGUAAAACUUGUGCUUGGUGAUGUUAAAUACGUACGGUUGGUCAGAGCAAGGGACACUUUGCCUGCUGUUCAUAAGGUCCCUCAGUGUGUGUUGUUCAUUCUUUAAUUUUAUUCUCAAAUAGAUGGAUGGAUAGAUGCAUGCUCCUCUUCAAGGGCUUGGCUAUGGGCUGCUUACAAAGGGUUUACAAUCUAAAUGUGGUGACAUGGAUCUUAGAAAAUACUGCAAUCUCAGAAAGGGCUCUGACAUAUGUGUCAAAUAAGUGGAGCUCAGGGCUGCUGUGUAGCCCGAUAGCCUACUAUUGAUCUGGGCAAUAGAUCAGACCUUUUUAUCAUUUGAUAAACCUGAUAGCAUGUUGGAACAUACAAAUAACAUCCUUCCUUUAGGCAGAAGUAGUCUAAGAGCCCAUCAGAAGGGAUUAGGAAGUAACACGUUUCCCCCAAAAAAUGAUAUACAGAAUUGAGGGGUAUUAAAGUAUGUCAGUUCUCAAAUCAACAAAUCUCAAAGAGCAUCUCUCCUGUACCUGCCUGCUUCCGGGUAUUCUGAGGGAUAGAACAGAAAGAUAAGACACUUCCUGAUCCUGAAGGUUGUAAUCUCUCCUACACCCUCAAAAAGCCUCUCUUAUUUGGUGGUGAUGGUGAAAAGGCAGCCUGAUGUCACAUAGAACCUCGUGAAUGCAGAGAUAGUGUGAUCAUCCGCUUGUCCCUCUGCAUCAUAGUCCAUCUCCAUCAUUAAUUCUCAUCGAUUUCUAAGCUGAGCCACCUCAUGUUCUUAUGCAUGAAAACAGAAAUGCCUCCGAUGGUGAGUUGCUUUCUGUGGGCAUGUGGGUAGAACUCCAACCUUACUAUCAGCCCUGGGCUCUCCUCCAGACCUAACUAGGAUCACAACGGUGGCUUCAGUGCUUGGGGCAGUAAAUCCAGAUCCUGAGACCUGGCUUUGCAGAUCCCGCCUUUCUAACCAUUUCCUUCUGCCUCCCUCACUGUUUUCAUCUUCUGGUCAACCCAGGCUCCCCACGGUUCCCCGUCUUUCUUCCUCUUUUCUGACUCUUUCUUUCCUGCCUUGGCUACCCACAUCUCCCCCAGCCAUUCUCUAAACUGCUCCGGUCCUUUCAGGUUGGUGGCACCCAGUUGAGCACUAAGGUAUAUAUACAUUCCCCAUUCGUUCUCCAAUUGUUCCCUGUUUUCCCAACGAAAUCUAAUUAGGCCGUUGAAUGCAGGGCCGUGCCUGUGUUCCUGGGCCGUGCCUGUGUUCCUGAGUCAAGGACAGAACUGGGCGACCACAGCAGGUGCCCCUAAGAAUCUGCUGGUGGAGGAAGGCUCGGUGAGGCGCCCGGAGGAAGGGGUGGGAACGAGCCCGGGGCAAUGUGUGUCGCCCACCUUCCACGGAAGGGGUGAGGGCUUCUUCCCCUGGGGAGACAGGAACUGCUGCCUCAGUUUCCCUCUGCCCGCAGCUGAGUCCGCGGGGGGCCAGGCCCAGCUGGGGAAUUCGAACCGCUGGGGGGAGGGGGUGGCGGGAAAUGGUGCCUCGCUCGCCCCAGCGACAUCAAACCCUCGUUUGGCGCGCCAGGACAAUGACUGUCUUAUUUUCUCCAUUCGCCGCGCACAAUGCCGGAUUCUCUCAUUCACCCGCGGCGGCGCGAGCGAGCCAUGUCGGACUUCCACGUGCACCCCCAGGCCACCGUGGGUGAGGAGGGCGGUGUGGCCCGCUUCCAGUGCCAAAUCCACGGGCUUCCCAAACCCCUGAUCACGUGGGAGAAGAACAGAGUCCCCAUCGACACGGACAACGAGAGGUACACACUGCUGCCCAAGGGGGUCCUGCAGAUCACAGGACUUCGGGCUGAGGACAGUGGCAUCUUUCACUGUGUGGCCUCGAACAUUGCCAGUGUGCGGAUCAGCCACGGAGCCAGGCUCACCGUGUCAGGCUCGGGCUCCGAGGCCUACAAGGAGCCAGCCAUCCUCGUAGGGCCUGAGAACCUCACCCUGACUGUGCACCAGACCGCAGUGCUCGAGUGUGUCGCCACGGGCAACCCGCGCCCCAUUGUGUCCUGGAGCCGCCUGGACGGCCGCCCCAUCGGGGUGGAGGGCAUCCAGGUGCUGGGCACGGGCAACCUCAUCAUCUCAGACGUGAGCGUCCAGCACGCGGGCGUCUACGUCUGUGCGGCCAACAGGCCCGGCACGCGCGUCAGGAGAACGGCGCAGGGCCGGCUGGUGGUGCAAGCCCCAGCCGAGUUUGUCCAGCACCCACAGUCCAUCUCCAGGCCGGCCGGGACCACAGCCAUGUUCACCUGCCAGGCCCAGGGCGAGCCGCCCCCUCACGUCACCUGGCUGAAGAAUGGCCAGGUGCUGGGGCCAGGAGGCCACAUCAGGCUCAAGAAUAACAACAGCACGCUGACCAUUUCCGGAAUUGGCCCCGAAGACGAGGCCAUCUACCAGUGCGUGGCUGAGAACAGCGCAGGGUCCUCGCAGGCCAGUGCCAGGCUCACCGUGCUGUGGGCCGAGGGGCUGCCCGGGCCUCCCCGCAACGUGCGGGCUGUCUCGGUGUCGUCCACCGAGGUCCGUGUGUCCUGGAGCGAGCCCCUGGUCAACACCAAGGAGAUCAUCGGCUACGUCCUGCACAUCAGGAAGGCUGCCGACCCACCGGAGCUGGAGUAUCAGGAAGCGGUCAGCAAGAGCACUUUUCAGCACCUGGUGAGCGACCUGGAGCCCUCCACGGCCUACAGCUUCUACAUCAAGGCCUACACGCCCAGGGGGGCCAGCUCGGCCUCCAUCCCCACCCUGGCCAGCACCCUGGGGGAAGCCCCCGCCCCUCCCCCGUUGUCCGUGCGGGUCUUGGGCAGCUCCUCCCUGCAGCUGCUGUGGGAGCCCUGGCCCCGGCUGGCCCAGCGCGAGGGCGGCUUCAAGCUGUUUUACCGCCCAGCGAGCAAGGCCUCCUUCACUGGCCCCAUCCUGCUGCCUGGAACUGUCUCCUCCUACAACCUCAGCCAGCUCGACCCCACCUCGGUGUAUGAGGUGAAGCUGCUCGCCUAUAACCAGCACGGAGACGGCAACGCCACCGUCCGCUUCGUGUCCUUGAGGGGAGCAUCUGAGAGGACAGCCCUGAGCCCGCCGUGCGACUGCCAGAAGGAGGAAGUAGCCAACCAGACGUCCACCACGGGCAUUGUCAUUGGCAUCCACAUUGGGGUCACCUGCAUCAUCUUCUGCGUCCUCUUCCUUCUGUUUGGCCAAAGGGGCAGGGUCCUCUUGUGUAAGGACGUGGAAAACCAGCUCUCCCCUCCUCAGGGUCCCCGGAGCCAGCGGGACCCUGGCAUCCUGGCCCUGAACGGGGCAGGACGGGGCGAGCGGGGCCAGCUGGGCCGCGACGGGAAACUUGUGGACGUGAAGGAGCUAGAGCAGCUGUUCCCCCCAGCUGGGGCGGGGGUGCAGCCGGGCCCCAGACCUGCGGACCCCGCCGCGGCCCCCGGCCCGUGCGAGGAGACCCAGCUCUCCUCGCUGCCGCUCCGGGGCUUCAGCCUUCUGGAUGGGAGGACGGCCAAGGCCCUGGCCCCCGGCGCGGGCCCCGCGGCUGCCCCGACGGCCCAGGACGGAGGCCCCGGCCUCCUCGGUGAAGGACCCGCCGCCCGGCCGGCACGCGCGGCGCAGUAGCCACGUCUGCGGGCUCUGGAGGGGGAGCCCCCGUUCUCAGGUCAAAGGCAAGAGUUCUCCUGUCACGUGGGUCCGGCUGGUCCUGGGGGCUCCCCGGCAUUCCUGCCCUGACCGCAGCUCAGGUGUCGAGGCCGGAGGAGGCAGCCUCGGCAGGGACCCGGCCCAGGAGCCCACGCCCCUGGCCCUGGGCUAGUCCCCGUCACCUCUGCCUGGUACCCACGUGACUUGGAACCGAACUAACCUUUUCCUUUAAAAAGCAAAACUUAAAAAAGACAAAAAAAAAAACAAGGGAGAGAGAAAGGAAGGUGAAUUAGACUCCAAAAAUACGCCCCCGCUGUGGCGGGCCUGACGCCGUCACCCUCCACCGACCGAGUUUUCUCAGGAUGGAUUUUUGCUGUGAGGCUCGCAGCACCUACCUCAGCCGGAAUGAAUGUCCUUGGGGAGUGGGCGCUGCCCCCGCCCCACAGAGCCCGAAUGCACUCCUACCUCAAGCCUCCUACGGCACCCCUCCCUCCCCACGUUGUCCAGAGUUUAAAAAAAAAAAAGGAAAAAAAAAAAGCACUUCCCAUUUCCAGGUGUGAAAGAAAACGUCUACCUCAAGGCUUGCUGGCUCUGCGGCCUGCUGUCACUGGACCUCCCUCCCUGGCCUCUGCUUUCCCCCGGCCCCACCCGCCUCUCCCCUGGAGAGGAGACCCCAGGAGGCCGAGCCACCAAGGGGGCCCUGCAGAAAUGAAAAUGGGAUUGGUCAGAGAGAAAAUGUGAAAAAAGCCAAAAAUGCGAGGACGUUUGUUCCUUGAAGUACAAACUGUUAUCCAAACAAGCCACCUCCCAGCACGCGGCCUGUGCUCCCUGGAUUCCCAUCUGUCCCCUCCCCUGUCAGCCCCCUCGGGGAUGCUGCACCCUCUCUGCCCGGGCCCUGGGAGGGGCAUCGCCCCGCCGGCCUCCUGUCCCGCCAGGCACGGCCCUAGGAAUGUACCGCGUGUGACGGGGGUGGGGGUGCGGGUGUCCCUGGCAGGGGCGCCCCAGCCCUGUCUCAGGGGACACAGCCAGCCUGACUCACCCCGACAGUGGACCGGACACUGUCAGCAGAUGCCGCCGGAAGCUAUUUUUAUACAAGGUGUGUUUAAGAGUUAUGUUCUCUUAUGUGACUUGUUUCUCUUUUCUGGUGUGGUGUUCUUUGAACUACUUAAAGAAGGAAAAAUCAAAAAAAAAAAAAAAAAA